GGGAAAUGUUAUUUGUAUAGUUGGUUGCGUGUUUUUAUUUUUGUUCAAUACUGAGUCCAAACGUCAAAAAAGUAAGGUUACCCAAAUGUCACGUCAUUAGUGGUUGUUGUGUUAUCAUUCAAUAAUAAUAUUCCCUGACGUGGAAUGAUAACUUAAGUAUUUAUUUUGUAUGGGUAUGCACAGAGUGGGAUAAAAAUGCAUUGUUUGGCAUUUUUGCUGGUCCCUCUUGCUGUGUGGGGGCACGACAUUAAGGGGUUUGACGAUACUGUGUUGUUUGACAUACACUGGCCAGGUGACAGCGUAGAAAACGUAGAUUUGGGCGAUCCUGAAGAUAUGAUUGUUGUGAGUUCCCAUCAGGAGAAGUACCGAUGUGUUUUACCCAACAUUCAGGAGAAGGAGAGUACUAGUGAAGAGAAGUACGAAGGGCCUACAGCUUUCGAGCUAAUUUCGCCCUUGUUUAUUCAGAGUUCUUGUACUUAUCGACUGGAGUCGUAUUGGACCUAUGAAGUCUGCCACGGCCGCUUCAUCCGCCAAUACCACGAAGACCGCGAAGGCAAAAAGGUCAAGCUCCAAGAAUACACCCUCGGCCGCUGGGACGAAAAACUCUACGAGAAAAAACUGGCCGAGGCGAAAGAGGCCGAAAAGGACAAAAACGCGCUAAUCCCCGUCAAAAAAAUCGACAACGUCAACCUGCCCUACGUGGAAAUCCUCAUGGGCAACGGCACCCAGUGCGACCUCAACCAAAACCGACCCCGCCAAACCCGCGUCCUCUACGUCUGCUACGUCCACGGCAAGCACGAAGUCUACUCUCUCAAAGAAACCUCCACCUGCCAGUACGAGAUCAUCAUCCUGUCACCCCUCGUCUGCGCCCACCCCAAGUACAAGCCCAAGGAAACCGGCGAGAACAAAAUCAACUGCAUGCCUGUGGGGGAACACCCGCAGCGUCCGUACAACCUCAUGAAGAUGAAAGUGGAAAGCACGAAACUCCGGCGCAAAUCCGACCUAGACAGGAUCAAAAUCGAGUUCGUACCGCCGCCGGAGUUCUCCGAGAAGGAGGAGACCACCAAAGCACCCGAAAGCAAGCCGCAGGAUACUUCUCCGGUGGAGAGUUUCCUGGCGGGGAAGAACUGCCUGACGGGAGGAACGGGCUGGUGGAGGUACGAGUUCUGCUACGGGAAGUCCGUGGAGCAGUACCACAUCGAGAAGGACGGGUCCAAGAUCACGAUCAAGUUAGGGACCUUCAACAAGAAGAAGCACUUGGAGUGGAUGGAGAAGCACCCUCACAAGAGGCCGAAGCCGCUGGCGCAGAGGAACCAGCUGUCGCACUUCUACUCAGACGGUACUGUGUGCGACAAGACGGAGAAGCCGAGGCAGACUGAGGUGAAAUUGAAGUGCUUGGAGGACACUUCGAAUUUGAAUACGGUGUCGUUGUAUUUGUUGGAGCCGAAGUACUGUGAGUAUAUUCUGGGGGUGGAGUCGCCGCUGGUGUGCGACAUUCUGGCUAGGGCUGACGAGAACGGACUCGUUGACGUGGGGGACGACGAGGGGGUGUUUGAGAGCGAAGUACCGACUGUGAACAUUAGGUUGUGAGUGUGGAAUUUGUUGAAUAAAGUUUUUUGGAAAA